AUGCCUUUUGGGUUAACAAAUGCACCGGCGGUUUUUCAAGACAUGAUGAAUGAAAUAUUCCAAGACCUUUUGGAUGUCUAUGUCAUUAUCUACCUGGACAACAUUUUAGUAUUCUCCUCAAAUGAAAAAGAUCACAAGGCCCAUGUGCAAGAAGUACUAAAGAGGCUACAGGACAAUGAUCUCUUCUGCAACAUCAAAAAAUGCCAUUUCCACUUGGCGUACGACACGUCAGCACCAUUGCUUCUACAACCGGAUACCACAAGGCAAUUCUAUGUGGAAUGUGACGCAUCAGACUAUGCAACAGGAGCCAUACUAUCCCAACGCAACUCUGAAGGGAAAUUGGCUCCAGUAGCCUAUCUGUCCAAAUCCUUAUCCCCUGCCAAAAAAAAUUACAAUAUCUUUGACAAGGAAUUGUUGGCGGUCAUUAGAGCAUUUAAAGAAUGGCGCCAUUUACUAGAAGGAUCUGAAUUGCCAGUCCAAGUUCUAACAGAUCAUAAGAACUUGGAGUACUUUUCCACGUCUCAAUCUUUGAAUAAACGGCAAAUUAGAUGGGCCAACUUCCUAGUUGAUUACAAUUUCCAAAUUAUCUACAGGCCAGGAGCACAAAACAAAAAGGCAGAUAUCCUCUCAAGACGCUACAAUCUGGUACCCCUUGAAGGGGGGGUAGAGAACCAGGUUCUCCUAAAACCGGAACUUUUUAUUGCAUCCAUAACUCUGGAUCAGGAAAUCAAUGAUCUAAUUGGCAAGGCCAUUUACAAGGAUGAUUGCCUUAAGGAAAUUCUACACAAACUCCAGAACAAGGAAAAGGUCUUAGACUGGGAGUUGAGAGAAGGUUUACUAUGGUUUCAAGGAAAAAUAUUUGUACCAAAGGAUGACACUAUUAGGAACCUCAUCCUGGAAUCUAGGCACAAUGCAUUAGCGGCAGGACAUCCGGGACAAGCUAGAACAUUAGAACUUGUCUCCAGGAGUUACUACUGGCCAUCGCUGAAAAAGUUUGUCAAUUCUUACAUCAGCCACUGCGAAACCUGCAUCAGGUCCAAGCCAACAAAUCAAUUACCUGUGGGCCUGUUAAAACCAUUGCAAAUUCCUGAACGCCCCUGGGAAGACAUUGCUUAUGAUAUGAUUGUGGGACUACCGGUUUCAGAAGGUUUUGAUGCUAUCCUGACAGUGAUUGAUUGA